ACUCGCCCGUGUUUAAAGCUGCUGUCAACCUGUGCGAGUGCUUUUGGCUGCGCAUGGCGAAAAUGCAGCAGGAAUUGCACAAUGAGUGUAGGGCUGAGGCCAAGACCAGGCGUCCGCGGAAGGCAGCCAUUUCAAAAACCUCUCCAUUGCCGAAGACCCCGCGCCAGGAAAAGGCUGUCAUUCCGAUGAAUACCAAGGUGGAAAUCAAGAAUGGAAAUCAGCCAAAGGCAGACGAUCCACUGCCUUCAUUUGAGGUCGUUCCCAAUCUACAUCCGAAUCGGCACCAUUGCAAACAGUUCACGCGCGUGACACCGGCCCGUCGUGGUCGUGGCCGACCUCCAGGGUCGCGAAGUCUGACCCGAGCUGACGCCGAUAAAAAUGCUGUUAUCUCGCACGAAUUUCCAGAGCUUCAGCGACCCCCAAACCUUCUUAACAACUACGGAACUCAAGUGAAAAUCGAUCCACUCCCAGUCGAACCAGUCCUUGAUCGACUCAGCAUAACGGCUAUCCUGAUGCCUUUAAAUCUGAAGAUCGAGCGCACAUACAGCCAGACCCUGAUCAAGGCUCUACGUUGUUGUGCAGACUCUUGGCCAUUCAACAUCUCGUUGAUCUGGAUGCAUUAUGGAGAAAAUCUUGAUAAUGACUUCCAUGAUGAGCCUCUGGAUUGGGACAUACUGGAGAAGAUGCUGGCGGGCGAGCAGUUUAAGGGCUGGGACUGGUUUCUGACUAAGUUACACCGAAUGCUGCAGAACGCAAUGUCCUGCUUCACCGAAUGUCCAUCGAUCCGCACAGCGACACAGAGGACCUUCGAAAAGGUCGUGGAAAUUAUACCUGAUUAUGAAGGACGCAUGGCUCACGUAAAGGCGACGGCUCACGAAGCGGUUCGUUUGAAAUUGGACGCCAUGACACCAUCUCAAAAAGAGGAACUCCUUAAAUAACUUGAA